UUGAUCCACAUUAUAGGAAAUGUCCUUAUUCGAAACGUCCGGCAAGAGGUGGCGCCCAGUACUCCUUCCAAUCAGUACUUCAACUCCGUUGUCCCGGGCGGUCCUGCCGAUCAUGCGGGUGUAAGAAAAGGCGAUUACAUUGUUGAGAUUGAUGGUCAAGAUGUCACGGAUGUUUGCCAUGAAGACGUUGUUGAAUGCAUAAAAAAUUGCGGCGAUUCCAUCAUUAUGAGAGUUGCGACUGUAUACAGAGGAUCCAUUCUCCGACAACCCAAUGCUUCCUCAAGUAAUGGUCAAAUCACCUCUACACCAAGGCGAUAUGAUCUCUCCGACGGAAUGAGUGAAAUUAGUGAAAUAAGUAGUUCGAUAAGUGGAAGUAGUGCAAGUGAAGACGAUGUCAUCCAUACCGAUCCAACAUCACCGAUUUUAGCUUCGAAACCCCCUCCGGGAUCCACCUGGAGGGGAAGGAGAGGUUGUAGGCCACUGGCAAUUGAGGAACAAUCUCGAAGCCGGGACCGACAGAGUUUGCCUACAUUAAAGCGUACAUUGUCCUCAGGUCAAAUCGAUAAUCAAAUUCGACUACACCCAAACUCACCUGCUACCAGAACGAAGGAAAGAGUCUUCGUUUUCGAGAAGAUUAAUGGAAAAACUCGGGCAGUAGCUCUUGACGAGUCCAUGGCGACAAAAGAGGGUCACCGAAGCCGAAAUACCAGCUCAGAUGUUGAGACUCAAAACAACAACCAUGGAAUCGUAGAUUUAACAAUCGAAUACCCCAACAAAGAAGAGAAGAAAGCCUCCAGUGGUGUCUCUCUCGAAAAUGCCACUUCGCUUUCUAAUCGAUCGCGAAGUAUCUCGCGAAGUGGACUUUCCAACGACUCCUUCAGAGGCGCAGAUCAAAGCAUUGAUGAAAGUAUGGCUGUCAGAAAUACUGGCGAUGACUAA